AUGGCUUCUUCACUAAACUUCUUCACUUUUCUCAUCUUGUUCUUCCAUUUUCAACAUUCAUCAUCAUUCUCCCUCUCAGUGGAAAAACCCGAACAAGACAUUAUAAUGUCACCCAAAGGUACAUUUACCGCAGGCUUUUAUUCCGUCGGUGAAAAUGCUUAUUCCUUUGCCAUAUGGUUCACUCAAAUACACAAAAAUCUAAACAACGCUACUGUUGUUUGGAUGGCAAAUCGUGACCAACCAGUUAACGGAAAACGCUCAACACUUUCCCUUCUCAAAACCGGCAACCUCGUCUUAACCGAUGCAGGACAUUCCAAUGUAUGGUCCACAAAUACUAACUCAUCCAAACCACUUGAGUUGUUUUUAUAUGACAUAGGAAACCUUGUUCUCCGAGAACGCAAAACAAAUGGUUUCAUUUUGUGGCGAAGCUUUGAUUUUCCAACAGAUACCCUCCUUCCUGAUCAAAGUUUCACAAGGUACAUGAAACUUGUUUCCUCGAAAAGUGACAACGUAUAUUCAUCAGGGUUCUAUAAGCUUCUUUUCAACAAUGAUAAUCUUUUAAGUCUUCUCUAUGAUGGCCCUCAAGUUUCUAGUAUUUACUGGCCAUAUCCUUGGCUCGUGACCUCGGAGACUGGUAGAUCUUCCUAUAAUAGUAGCAGGGUUGCAAAACUAGACGUUUGGGGGAACUUUAGAUCUUCCGAUGAUUUUACUUUAAAGACAAGCGAUUAUGGGGCAGUGCUCCUACGAAGAUUGACCUUAGACUUUGAUGGUAAUGUUCGUGUUUAUAGCCGAAAACACGGACAAGAGAAGUGGUCAAUUUCAGGACAAUUCCACCAACAACCUUUCAAAAUACAUGGAAUUUGUGGACCUAAUAGCUUUUGCAUUAACAAUGCAAGAAUUGGUAGGAAAUGUUUGUGUGUUCCUGGUUUUAGGAGGAUCCAUAAUCAAGAUUGGUCACAAGGGUGCAAACCAAGCUUCCAACUUUCAUGCAACAAUAAAACCGAGUUAGAGACUCGUUUCCAACGCUUAUCACGUGUUCAGUUUUAUGGAUACGAUGAUGAUUACCAAGCAAAUUACACUUAUAAACAAUGUAAGCAUUUAUGCAUGAGAAUGUGCCAAUGCAUAGCCUUCCAGUAUCGUUUGGACCUGGGUGUAUCUUAUUGCUAUCCUAAGUCACAAUUACAAAAUGGAUUCAGUUCACCAAAUUUUCAAGGAUCAAUCUUCUUGCGAUUGCCAAAAAGAAAGCAUGUUCAUUUCCAUGAGAAUGUUGUAAAAAAUGAUAUCUUGGAUUGUUCUAGAAAUAAUGAAGUAAAACAACUAAGAAGAUCAUAUGUUGAAGACGAAGAAAAUGGACCAAUGAAGUUCAUGCUUUGGUUUACUUCUGGCUUAGGGGUAAUUGAGGCCUUGUGCUUCUUUAUGAUAUGGUGGUUCUUAUUUAAGAAUAAGAAGCACUUUGUUAGAGAUAAUCAAGGCUACGUUCUUGCAGGAGCAAGAUUUCGAAAAUUCACUUACUCGGAACUAAAACUUGCAACAAAAUGUUUUAGUCAAGAGAUUGGAAAUGGUGCUGGAGGAACUGUGUAUAGGGGUUUAUUAUCUGAUAAUAGAGUUGUGGCUAUAAAGAGACUGCAUGAAGCAAACAAAGGAGAGAGUGAAUUUCUUGCUGAAGUUAGCGUCAUUGGAAGGCUUAACCACAUGAAUUUGAUUGGUAUGUGGGGGUAUUGUGCAGAGGGAAAACACAGAUUGUUAGUUUUUGAGUACAUGGAAAAAGGUUCUUUAGCGGAUAAUUUGUCAUCAAAUGCACUUAAUUGGGGUAAGAGGUAUAAAAUUGCUCUCGGAACUGCAAAGUGUCUUGCAUAUUUACAUGAAGAAUGUUUGGAGUGGAUUUUGCAUUGUGACAUAAAGCCGCAAAACAUACUAAUUGACUCCAAUUACCAACCCAAGGUAGCGGAUUUUGGGUUGUCUAAGUUACUACAAAGGAACAAUCUUGAUAAUUCAAGUUUCUCAAGGAUGAGAGGAACAAGAGGUUACAUGGCACCUGAAUGGAUUUUCAACUUGCCAAUCACUUCCAAGGUAGAUGUUUAUAGCUAUGGAGUUGUGCUGCUAGAGAUGAUUACUGGGAAGAGUGCAAUGAUAAGUAUCUUAAUCACAGAUGGAGAAAAGACUCAUAAUGAGAGUUUGGUAACAUGGGUGAGAGAGAAAAGAAGGAAAUUAUUAGAAAUGAAAUCUUUGGUGGAACAAAUAGUAGACCCUACAUUGGGAUCAAAUUAUGACAUGGUUAAAUUGGAGACUUUGACAAUGGUUGCACUAAAGUGUGUUGAGGAAGAGAAAGACAUGAGACCUAACAUGAGUGAAGUUGUUGAAAUGCUUCAAACUCAUGAACAUGAUUCUUGAUGAUAUGCACAAACUAAGAGCCAUCUUUGAUGGUUAUUAGUUUUCAUGUUUAUCUUUCUCAAUUCAAUUCAAAGUCAUGGACAUAAUUCUUGA